GCAGGUUAAAGAAGUGUCAAACGUUUUGUCUUUAUUGACAAUUUUUGUUGAAUAUACAUUUUGAAAUGGUAUUCGGAAAUUAAUAAUACUUUCUGGAAAUUAAUUAAUAGUUUGUGCAUCAGAACAAAAACUGUUUAUUUUAAACAAAAUGGAACCAACUCCGCCCGAUAAUAAUGGACAACAGACUAAUUCACCCAGUACCCCACAAGAGAUAUCCGUAGACAAUAACCCACCAAGUGUAGCAUCCAGUCCGAUAUCUAGUCCAGUGUGCAUGGCAGCUAGCUCAUCUCAAGAGGACAUUCCUCCUCCUAAAGCCGACUACUAUGCACCACCCCCGUAUGAAGUAGCUACAAAAGGCACCAAGUUGCCAACAUAUGAAGAGGUUCAAAGAGAAAAACACUUGGAGGAACAGGAUAAUCCUAUUCCGGUUAAUUCUCCUAGUACAAGGCCUUUACCAUUUCGUCCAGGGCAGAGAGUAAUUACGAUUGAUGCUGAAAACACCGAUGAUGUAGAUACUUCAUUGUUAGGAACUGAUUUUAUGUUUUAUAUUGCAUUUUUUGUUGCCUUUAUUUUUAACUGGAUAGGAUUCUUAUUGUUAAUGUGUUUCUGCCACACGAUCGCAUCGAGGUAUGGAGCUCUAUCGGGCUUUGGACUGUCAUUGGCGAAGUGGACUUUCAUCGUCCAACACUCAACCGAGUUGGCUUCAAAAGACAACAGUUGGUUGUGGUGGCUGAUCAUGACCUUUGGUCUCAUCAUUUGCAUUCGCGCCAUACUUCAAUAUCUGAGUAUAAAAAGAGGAUGGCACAUGUUGUCGGCCAGUCACCAAGAGAGACUUUUAUUUUUUUAUUGAGCUUUAAAAAGCAUGUAGAUGUUUUCAAGUAUAACUUUUUGUAUACUUGUCACAAGUCUUUUAUUGUGAUUAGAAUUGAUUAUAUCAAGUUUUUCAUUCCUUUUAUCUACGGUGUUUUUACGUUAUAAAUUAAUCGGCGUUGAAUAGAAUAGGUUUAACUGCUCAGUGUGCUCUUUCGUUAACACAGUAAAUGUAGUAGAUCGUGAAGUUCUUUACUGGUUUAUUUAAUUUGCGUAGAAAAAUGUAGUUUUAAUCAUCAUUACUACAUCCGGUGACGAGAACAACAUGAAAAUGAGUGUUUUUUGAGUAAUUAAUUCUAGUCAAGCUUUAAUUUAAUGUGCUUUGACAAAUGAGUUUCCGACAAUGGCAUAUUCCAUUCCUGAAAUACAAUUUUGGGAUGUUCUCAUCAAAUUAUUGCUAUUUUCAUUUGAAAUAAAACUGUUGGCAUCAUAAAGUUUUUAUGGAAAAUUUCUUAUGGAAAGCAACCUUAAAGAAUAUUUAGAAACCCAAAAAAACUAUCCUUCCAAUUGGUGUUUUCAAUUUUUUUCAUUCAAAGCUAGUGGUUUAUGUAGCUUUUUUUCUAAGAUAUCUGAAACACCUGUAAUCAUUGAUCAUCUAGAACCAUAUUGUUGCAAUUAGUCGUUCUGACUGUAGAUAAGGCUUACUCCAUGUACGACAACAUUGGCUGUUUGGAUUCAGGUGUCCUUUUUUUAUUGUUAUUUAAGAAAAUACGGACUUAAUAUACACAUUUUCCAAUUUUAGAUGAAUGUCUAAUGACGGGAAACCACCCACAACAAAUAUUUUAUGAUAAGUUGUUUUGAACGUUUAUUAUUAUUUUUUUUUUUUCAAACUACAUAACUUCU